AUGGCAGCAACUAUGUCAUUAAAUUCAUCUAUGAACGAUAUUGAAUCUAUUCAUUGUCGUGAAAAUAAUUUACCUAUAGUUAAACAAAGACGUUUGACAAAUGAAACAAUUCAUACACAAGAUUCAUCAAGAGAAGUAUUACCAACAAAUGAUGUAAUACUUAAAAGAAAUUUGGGUUCGGGUAUAUUUGUAUCACCGAAAGGUGUUUUACGUGGAACAGAAUCAGUCGGUUUAUGUUUAAUUAUUUGGAUUGCAUCUGGUCUUGUUUCUUUGCUUGGAGCAUUAUGUUAUGCAGAAAUUGGUACUGUUAUACCAAGAAAUGGUGCAGAAAUAGCUUAUAUGAAAGAAGGUAUUGGUUCAGUUCAUGAACGAAUUGGUGAAAUAUUAGCAUAUUUAUUCAAUUGGACAAGUGCACUUAUUCUCAAACCAUCAAGUGUAGCUAUUCUUGCACUCACUUUUUCGCAAUACUUUUUAUCUGAUUGUAGUCCAUCAGAAGAACUUAUCAAAAUAACAGCUAUUCUUGCUAUUCGUACAACAAGAAAACCAUUAGGUGUAGCACUUGCUUUUUAUUCUGGCCUAUGGGCAUAUGAUGGAUGGAAUAGUUUAAAUUCAAUAACUGAAGAAUUAAAAAAUCCACAAAGAAAUCUAUGGUUAUCUAUUGUAUUAGCAUUACCAUCUGUUAUUGUUCUUUAUCUUCUUACAAACAUUUCUUAUUUUACUGUAAUGAGCAAAGAAGCAUUGCUUAGUUCAAAUGCUGUUGCUGUAACAUGGGGUGAGAUUGCAAUAGGUCCUGUUGUACGUGCUCUACCAAUUCUAAUAUCAAUCAGUGCAUUAGGCAGUGGUAAUGGAGUAUUAUUUUCAAGUGCUCGUUAUUGUAUGGUUGGUGCUCAAUAUGGAUAUUUACCUGAAGUAUUUGCUUGUAUUCAUAAACACAGAUUGACACCAGUACCUGGUAUUGUUCUUGAGGUUGGUCUUAUUGCAAUAGCUUUAUGCCUUCCAAGUAACGUCGAAGGACUUAUUGAUUUUUUUAGCUUUGCUGCAUGGAUCUUUUAUGGUUUAACAUUUUUAGCAACACUUUUGUGCAAAUUUACAAUGAAAAGAGCUGAAAGAGUGAUAAGUAUUCCUAUACCCUUGAUUAUUAUUAUUAUUUUGAUUUCAAUCUAUUUGGUAUUUGCACCUGUUAUUGCUGAUCCAAAUAUUGGAUUUCUUGUAGCUUUUCUUAUUAUUCUUUUUGGUUUAAUAUUUUAUUAUCCAUUUGUUUAUCGUAAAAUAGAACUGAAUAUUAUAAGUAUGUAA